AUGUUUAAAAGGAAAAUCAGGGCUCAUGGAUCUAGCCAAGACUUCGCUGAGCCAGCUUCAAAAGCAUCAAAAGAAUUCCUUAAGGUUGGCAAUCGCAUCAGAAUUUCUAGUAAAGAUGAGGGACGUAGAAUUUCGAAGAGCGAGAAGACCAGCCCAGUCACAACAAGAAUAAUUAAAAAUCUUGCAAUUGAAAUUCAACCCCCAGCUCACAAAGACCUUCAUGAAUAUGUAAAGAAGAGAAUCGAAGGCUGAAAGGAGAUCACUCCUGAUCGACAAUCUCGGACUCCAGCACGAAGUCCUGAGCUAACUCCUAAACAAACCUCAAAACCUGGACACAGAAGAGUUGUUUCGGAUAAAAUAAGCAGUAUCUUCAAGAUACGCUCAGUAUUGUGGAUUAAAUUAAUUUAAUAAUAAUAGUUUUUGAGCUGUAGGCUAAUAUUUUUUGAAAUUAUAGAAAAUAGGUACUGCCCUGCUUGGACAAGCAAAGGAUAUCAAGACGAAAUGGAAAUAAUUCUUUUCAAAAAAAUACUCCAAUAAAUUCUAAAAACGACCGAUCUCUGAUAGAAGUAAACCAAAGCUUGUUGCAAGAAAGACACACACCAACACACUUAUAUGAAAACCUAAAUGUCUCUGCAGGGUCUUUUCAAGAGCAAGAAGAAGAAAAGGAAAAACUGGUGAGCUAUAUUUCAAGUUACUUUGGCAAACAUUUAGACGACCCGCCAACAACCUUAUAGUUUAAUAGAUGAAGUUGUCUGUCAAUAUUAUAAAUAAUUCCUAAAAAAAUGAUUUAAUUAUGUGCUGAUAUAGCAGAUUUUAUACAAAUCUUGACCCUAUAAGGAUAGAUUUUUAUAAAAUUGGGAAAAUGAUAGGAAAAGGUGCUUUUGGAAAGGUUUUGCUAGGUGUCCAUAAGCUGACAGGAAUGAACGUAGCAAUUAAAACUAUCGAAAAAGCUCAGCUAAGGAAUGAGCACGCAAAGAGAAAAGUAUUCCAAGAAGUGUAUAUUUUGAAAAAAAUCAGAAACAAAUAUGUGGUAAAAAUUUUCGAGGUUUUCGAAAGCUCGAAGCAUUUUUUGAUUGUCAUGGAAUAUGCAGGGGGUGGAGAUUUAUUGCAAUUUGUAAAGCAAAAAGGGAGGUUAACAGAAAAUGAAGCUAGGAGAAUUUUUGGACAAAUUAUUGAAGGUGCAAUAGAAAUCCACGAAAAUGGGGUUUUGCAUCGAGAUUUCAAGCUUGAUAAUAUUUUAUUAGAUUCACAGUAUUCUUGCUGUAAAAUCUGUGAUUUUGGGGUAAGUAAGCUUGUAAAAAAAGGACAAAUAAUCAAUGAGCAAUGCGGAACCCCAGCUUAUUUAGCUCCUGAAAUCAUUGUAGAUAGAGGUUAUGAAGGAUUUUGGGCAGAUAUGUGAAGCUUAGGAAUCUUGGCGUAUGCAAUGCUGUGUGGAACUGUUCCCUUUAAGGCUCACAGUAUUCCAGAGCUAAACAAGCUGAUUUUGACAGGAAAAUACAAUCUGCCAGACUAUUUAAGUGAAAAUGCCAAGGAUAUGAUAAGAAGUAUGCUGCAGCUUGUCCCACACAACAGGAUCCCAUUGGACUCUUUGCUAACUCCCCCCCCCCCCUCCGUGAGCGAACAAAAAAAAUUUUGUUCGCUCACGGAGGGGGGUUAAUUUUUUUUUUUAAAAAAAAAUUUAUAUAUAAAUUUUAUAAAAAAUAUUUUUUUUUCGAAAUUUAAAAAAAUCUAAUUUUGCAAAAAUUGGGAAGCAAAUAUUAAUUUAAUUUGCAAAAUUUAUGUUUUAAAACGCAAUUUGUUUAAAAUUUAAACAGAAUUAGCUCUAGAUUUCAUUAUACUAAUUAUCACUUAUAUAUCAAAAUUUUUUUUCCAUUAAAAUUUUUUCUAUUAAAAAAAUUUUGUUCGCUCACGGAGGGUGGGUUUUUUGUCAAAAAAUGGUGAUUUUUCUAAUGGUUUUGUUCGCUCACGGAGGGGGGGGGGGAGUAAGGCAUCCAUGAUUCCGAUCUUCUGAUGAAACUGAAGAAGAAAGUGUAUCCCCACGAUUUAUAGGAAACAUCGAGCCAUCUCGAGAAAAAAGAUUCAAAGUUGAUGAUUUCAUCUUAGAAAAAGUGGUGGCUUGUGGUUUCCCAAAAAGUUUUGUCUUGAAUUCAUUAAACUGCAAUGAACUCAAUCAUGCUACAGCAACCUACUACCUGCUGCAUGAUGCUAUACAUUAA